CAUCCAAGACUCCUGAGUUACUCUUUUGUCCAACAUCAGCUGAAAGCCUAAGCAAAAAGUUGGUCUUGAAUUGAAAAAUUGAUUUCUUCCUGUUUGGGCAAGAAAGAAAUGGCCGCUAUGUUUUCUUGGCUAUUGUUUAUAUCCAUAGCCGCAUUUGCAGGUGUCGUUCCUGCUACUGAUACCAUGUUUCCAAAUCAAGCCCUCUAUUACGGCCAGACUUUAGUUUCAUCGAACCAAAGAUUUGAAUUAGGAUUUUUUGGUCCUAAUGCACUAUUUGGAAACGUGUACCUGUUAUUGUGGUACAAGCAUGAAGGACCCAGUAUAGUAUGGGUUGGCAAUAGAAGGAAUCCAGUUGGACUUGGUGCAAUGCUCAAAGUUGACAAAGAAGGAUGCAUUUUUCUCCAAAAUCUUAUAGGAACAACCGAAUCGAUUUAUAAGCCAAACCAGAUUGUUCCCAGACCAGUUCUGCAGCUCCUGGAUUCAGGUAAUCUUGUGUUUGGAGAUUCUAGAAAUCUGACGGCUGGAGAGUACCUGUGGCAAAGCUUUGAUCACCCUGUUGACACAUUGUUACCAGGAAUGAAGCUCGGUUGGGACCAGAAAACUGGUAUCAACCGAUCCAUGAGGUCCUGGAGGACAAGUGUUGAUCCAGCUCCAGGUGAUUAUUUGUUCAGGUUAGACUCAGGUGACUCAGGUCAGUCACCCCAACUAGUUCUUGAGAAAAAACGGCGAAGAGUUUCAAGGUGGGGUCCUUGGGAUGGACAAAAAUUCAGUGGCAGUGAUGCCCUCAUGGAAAACAACUACUUUAAACCAAUAUUUAACUUCAAUGCUGAUUCAUUUUAUUUCACAUUCGAAGCCAAGAACAACUGGAGUUUGAAACUGACACUGAAUCUAGAGGGAAAGAUAGAGUUCCUGAAAUGGAAUAAUGCUACCAAUCACUGGGAUGUAGUCAAGACACUGAAUAAGGACAAAUGUGACCAGUAUAGGGCUUGUGGGCCUUACGGAGUUUGUAUUGGUGAAGAUCCACGCUGUUGGUGUCCUGAUGGUUUCACGGCUGCAUCACAAGAUGAGUGGAACAAGAAGGAUUUUACCAAAGGAUGUAGGAGAAUCACCCCACUUAACUAUACUGAUAAAGACGUGUUUGUGAAGAAUACUGGACUGAAGUUGCCUGAUAAUGUAACUUACUGGGGAAUGUUGUAUCCCGAGGAGUGUGUAGAGAAGUGCUUGAAGGAAAAAUCGUGUAUGGCUUAUACUAACAUCAAUAUAAACGGAUAUGGCAGCAAGUGCCUCGUUUGGUUGGGGGAGUUACUUGAUAUGAGACGUUCACAGAAAUCUGGGAAUGACAUUUUUAUACGGAUGGCAAACGAAAAACUAGAUGCACCUGUUUCCCAUGGGAGAAGGAUAUGGGAAUGGAUAAUACUUGCUUCUUUGAUCUCAGUUAUGGUACUUGUCUUGUUUAUAUAUAUAAGAUUUCGAAAUCGAGCAAGGAAGGCGGAGGUGCUAGAUGACCCAGAAAUCAAUCAGCCAAGAAAUUCUCUAGGAGCUUUGCUGCAGGGCACAGAUGUCAUUGCAUAUAAUUUCAGUGAUCUAGCUGCAGCAACUAACAAUUUCUCGCUUGAUAAUAAGAUAGGGCAUGGUGGCUUUGGCAAUGUUUUUAAGGGUGAACUAGAGAGUGGAGUACAAAUAGCAGUGAAGAAGCAGGUCGUGACUUCGCGUCAAGGAGUUAAGGAGUUAGAGAACGAAGUCAAAUUAAUAGCAAACCUACAGCAUCGUAACCUAACCAAAUUGUUGGGAUACUGCAUUCAUGGACAAGAGAAAUUCCUAGUCUAUGAGUUCAUGGAGAAUAAUAGCCUAGACAAGUUCAUAUUUGAUCCUGCAAGAAGGGGUACAAUACCAUGGCCAAUGCGCUUUAAUAUCAUCAAAGGAAUCGCAAAAGGACUAGUUUACAUGCACCAUGACUCAAGGUUGACGAUAAUCCACCGUGACUUAAAAGCUAGCAAUGUCUUGCUAGACAGAGAUAUGACACCUAAGAUAUCUGACUUUGGGUUGGCAAGGGAAUUCAAAGACGAUGUUGAAGUAAAGACUCAGCGAGUAGCUGGAACUCAUGGUUAUAUGCCUCCUGAAUACUUAGAAAAUGGAUAUUAUUCAACAAAAGCAGAUGUGUUCAGUUUUGGAGUUUUGGUAUUGGAGAUUGUGAGUGGUGAAAGGAAUUCGACUUAUCAGCAUCCAGUCUAUGAUAUUGGUCUAGUAGGCUAUGCUUGGAGAAUUUGGGAGGAAGGGAAGGCCAUAGAACUACUUGACCCAGAGAUAGAAAAACCAGGAGAUUUGAAUGAAGUCUUAGGAUGCAUCCACGUUGGGAUUCUGUGCUGUCAGCGGCUAUCCCGACAAAGGCCUUCAAUGGUUCAGGUGGUUUCCUUACUGGAGGAGAAUGAAAUGUCAAGGUUAAAUUGUGUUCCCCAGGAACCUUACUUCUAUAAGGAGGAGGGGAGUCACAGUAACAGGAGUCGCGAAAGUGUGAAUGGGCUGACUAUUACUGAAUUAACUGGAAGAAAAGCAUCAGUUAUGUGUCAGAAGAAGGAGUUGUUGAUAGUAUUUGUUUCAUUUCUUGUCCCUUUUUGCACUUCCAUAGAUACCAUUUCCUUCAACCAAUCUCUCAAAGAUGGUGAUUUGUUAGUCUCUUCAGGGAAAUCCUUUGUUUUGGGUUUUUUCGGGUAUUCCCCUGAUAAACGUUAUGUCGGAAUUUGGUACAAAAAUGUUCCUGAACUAACUGUUGUUUGGGUUGCCAAUAGAGACAACCCCAUCAAUGGCACAUCUGGGAUUCUCACCAUCGACUCAACUGGGAAUCUUGUUAUACUCGAUGCGAAGACGAAUGUUUCAGUCUGGAGUACAAAUGCUUCUUCAGCUAGGAAACGAGCAGAUACUAAUACUGCUAAGCUGGAGGAUUCAGGGAAUUUCGUGUUGUUUCAAGACUCAAAACUGGAGGUUAUUGAAUGGCAGAGCUUUGAUUAUCCUACCAAUACUCUUCUUCCUUCAAUGAAAUAUGGGAUAAACAAGAGAACGGGUUUGAACAGGUUUCUGACAUCAUGGAAAUCGUUGAACGAUCCAGGCACCGGAGAGUAUCGUUACACGAUGGAGCUCAAUGGGACACCUCAAGUUUUCUUGUACAAGAACUCUAGCAGGAUAUGGCGGACAGGAUCCUGGACCGGUCAUGGUUGGAGUGGUGUUCCAGAAAUGAGCCCAAAUUUCAUCUUCAGCCUCAGUUAUGUGGACAAUGAUACCGAGGUUUCCAUGACAUAUGGCAUACAUGACACUUCAAUAAGCUCAAGAAUGGUCCUGAAUGAAUCAGGGAUCGUGAACAGAUUAACCUGGCAAGAGGGUGAGAAGAAGUGGGUGCAAUUUUGGUUUGACCCCAAGGACCUUUGUGACAGUUAUGAACAUUGUGGAGCAUUUAGCAAUUGCAAUCUGUUCAAUUUGGGUGAAUUUGAAUGCAGUUGUCUUCCAGGGUAUGAGCCAAAGCUAAGCCGACAAUGGUACUUGAGAGAUGGCUCCCAUGGAUGCUUGAGGAAGAAAGAUGAAAAAGUGUGCAACAGUAGUGAGGGGUUUGCCAUGAUGAGUCAUGUGAAGAUCCCUGAUACAGGUGCAGCUCAGAUGAACAAGAGCAUGGGAUUGAAGGAAUGUGAAGAGUUGUGUCUGAAGAACUGCUCCUGCACAGCUUAUGCAAGUGCAAAUAUUAGUGCAGGAGAAAGUGGAUGCAUCACUUGGUAUGGUGAGUUGACAGACAUAAAGCAAUUUACAGAUGGGGCCCAAGAUUUCUAUAUCAGAGUGUCUGCAUCUGAUUUAGCUCAAUUCUCCAAGAAUUCAAAUAGGCAUAAUAGGAAAAGAACGAUAGAGAUUCUAGUAGGGUCAUCUGCAGCAAUAAUUCUUGCUCUCUCAUUGGCAUGUUGUUUGGUGAUCAAAACAAGGAGAAACGAAAGGAAAAGAAGUGAAAGCUUAGCAUCCUAUGAGGGCAUGGAUGAAAGUAAACAUGCGGAAAUCUCAAUCUUUGAUCUAAGCACAAUAACUAAUGCCACUGAUAAGUUCUCUGAUGCUAACAAACUUGGUGAAGGAGGAUUUGGUAGCGUAUACAAGGGUCACCUGACAGAUGGACAAGUAAUAGCUGUCAAAAGACUUUCAGUAACUUCAGGACAAGGGACACAGGAGUUCAAGAACGAAGUCACACUAAUUGCAAGACUUCAGCACAGAAAUUUGGUGAGGCUUUUAGGAUGUUGCGUUCAACAAGGAGAGAAGAUGUUGGUUUAUGAAUAUAUGCCAAACAAAUCUUUGGACAGUUUUAUUUUUGAUAAAACAAAAGGAUCUUUGUUGGACUGGGGAAAACGAUUUGAAAUCAUCCAUGGGAUUGCACGAGGAAUAUUAUACCUUCACCAAGACUCUAGAUUAAGAAUUAUUCAUAGGGAUCUAAAAGCAAGCAAUGUUUUACUCGAUGCCUCCAUGCAGCCAAAAAUAUCAGACUUUGGAAUGGCCAGAAUAUUUGGAGGUGAUCAAACUGAAGCAAACACAAAUCGAGUUGUUGGAACAUAUGGUUAUAUGUCACCUGAAUAUGCAAUGGUAGGGCACUUUUCAACAAAGUCUGAUGUUUUCAGUUACGGGGUUUUGUGUUUGGAGAUUAUCACUGGAAGAAAGAACAACAGUCAUAAUGAUCAGGAGAGAUCUCAACAUUUAGUUGGAUAUGUUUGGGAUUCUUGGAAGGAUGAAAGGGCUUUAGAUGUUGUUGAUCCAUUGUUCGGUGACUCAUAUGAAGCUAGUGAAGUUUUGAGAUGCAUCCACAUUGGCCUUUUGUGCGUACAAUCGUUUGCAAAUGACAGACCAACUAUGUCAGAAGUGGUCUUCAUGCUGUGCAACAAAACAAAUCUUCCAUACCCUAAAGAACCUGGCCUUAUAUUCAGAUCAGAGAAUUAUAGUUCGGUUAAAAACUCUUCAUCAGCAAGUAUAGGAACAUCUGUUAACGACUUGUCUAUUACAAAAGUUUAUGGUCGCUAGAGAUUAUGCCAAGCUAUCCAAUACCUAUUUUGAAAGAAAUCUUGUGCUAUUUUGAUAAAGCCUGCUGAUACAAUAUGGUGUAGCUUUACUCAUUUAUGGAUGAUGUACCCAAAUAAACUCAUUUAUGGAUGAUAUAUACUAAUACAACCCAACUUGGUUUAA